AUGCAGGGGAUCGUUUCCGACAUCACCUCGGCCGCAUAUGAAGCGGAAGACGCCGAUAGGGGCGACAAGCGCAGCCGCAGCAUCAAGCGCAGCCGCAGCAUCAAGCGCAGCCGCAGCAUCAAGCGCAGCCGCAGCAUCAAGCGCAGCCGCAGCAUCCCGCGGGACAUCCGGCGGCGCUCCCGCGAGAGAUCCGCGAGGCGCGACAGAAGGGAAGAGGAGCCCGGCAGAAGAGCCGCGGACAGCAAGGGCGAGCUCUGGACCUACACCCCGGUGAACGGCCUUCCGAUCACCACCCGCGAGGUGCCCGAGAUCGAGGGCAAGCGGACAGGUAAGCGGCUGAACCCUGGCGACACGUUCAGAGUGGCAGAGGAGAAGAAGGCCUCGGACGAGCUCGGGGGGACUGCGAAGGUGUUGGAUUAUAGUUUGCCACAG